ACACAGACGUGGACGUGGCGAACUUGUUCCUCUGAACUUACGGUUCCCAAACUACCAACUGUUACGAUCCCUGUUGAACCAGCCGCCAUUUAAAGAACCGGGGUGAGUUGAGGCCCGACCAUGGCCGAAGUCUCGCUCCGUGCCAGGCUGUACCUGAAGAUCAACGACAACCUGUCCCAGGAUGACGUCAGAAGCCUGAGAGCUACACUGGUUACUGACGGCCAUCUUGGACAGGCAAGGGUGGAAAAUGCGACGCCUCUAGAAAUGUUUAACAUGCUAGAAGCGGACAACAAGAUCGGGAAGGGAAACCUAGCGCUGCUAGUGGACCUUCUAAAAGCCCUUGGUAAGACGAAGUUGGCUCAAGAAGCAGAGGACGUAGCGAAAAGGGAAAAAACAGGAGGACCGUCUUGCACUGUUGAAGAUGUCAUCGCGUGUCUGAAAGAACUCUAUGCCAGGGAACAUGCCCAUGUGCGGCCUCUUCCGUGGUGCGAAGAUCCCAAACUGCCUUUGGGAGAAGUCUACACCAACCUUCGACAUCAGCGUAAGGAUGACAAGGGGCGCUUCGAGGACACAGACACUAUCGUAAGCUUAGCAGAUAUUUACAAGACGAGUAGAGCUAAAGAUAAGAAUGUUAGAAGGAUAAGGGUAGAGGGGGAUCCUGGAAUUGGGAAGUCGUGCUCUUGUCAGAAACUGGCUCAUGAUUGGUCCUCUGGGAAACUGGACAUUUUCAAGGCUGUUUUCUUUCUGGAAAUUCGGCACAUGUCUGGGAAAGUGAAAGAUGCAAUAUUUGAGCAGCUUCUACCAGAGGAUACAAACAUGACCCCGGACCAGCUUUGGUCCUACAUCUAAGAGAACCAGGAUGAUGUUCUCUUCAUCCUGGACGGUCUAGAUGAGCUCAGUCAGACAGCUAGAGAGAACACAGAUGUGGUGGCCUUGAUUCAGGGUAAAAUCCUCCGAAACUGUCAUGUCCUGGUGACCUCCAGGCCGUACCACUGUGUCAAAGACCUGGAGAAAUGUCACGAGUUUUACAAAAUCAUUGGUUACAGCGGAAUAAAUUCUGUUGACUUCAUACAGAAAUACUUCAGAAAGAACCCGGAAUCUGCCGGAAUGCUACAGGAACAGCUUAGACGUAACCAAAAUUUGUUGAGAAUAUUAGUCAAUCCCCUCAACAAUGUGCUGAUAUGUAUUGUCUGGGAAGACAAUGAUGGAAGAUUACCUUCCAGCCAGGCUGAGCUGUAUGAAAUGAUCGUGUAUUCUGUUGCCAAGCGAUACUGUGCAAAGAAAGACAUCCCGUUAGAAGGCGAUGUAAUUCCUUCAAACAUAAAAGAAGCAUUGCGAGGUCUGGGGAAACUGUCCUGGGAGGGACUAGAGCAGGAUCAGCUCCAGUUUAACAUAGACGAUAUCAGAGAGAAGUUUGGUGGAAAUGCCGAUGACAUGUUGAACAUCGGUUUAUUAACAAGAGAUAACUCCUUCUCUAGAAUCAAACGCACCUGCUUUUGCGCUUUC